AUGUGUUGUUUCUCGAGUGGUAUAACUAAAGAAACUUCAGAGCUUCAGGAAGAGCGUCUCGAAAGGCGCCGCCCUUCAUUGCCUCCAGCGACCGUAGAAGGAGAUGAGUCCUCAGGUGAUUCCGCGGAUGACUACGUCCAGGAGAAACGUGUAAAGAAGAAAAAGGUCAGGAGACAUGAAGACGACGUCGUCCGUCCAGCGCGAAGGAAGCGAAAGAGGAGGCAACCAACCGCUGAGAAGCAGAAAGAAGACGAGGAUGAGAAUCUUACUCCAGAGCAGAGGCAGAAACGACAGUUGCAGGAGCAAAUUGACGCAAUUGUCAAACCGAAAAAGGCGAAUCGGCCGAAAAAACGGAAGAAGGAUGCCGAUGAAGAGAUGCUUGACCGCUUUGCGGACGAAGAAGUCUCCCAACUGCGGGAUGACAUGCUUCGCGCUGCGGCGGAGGACGACGAAGCGAACCGAGAGAAACUUCCAGCUACAUCCAAAUUGAAACUCCUUCCACGCGUCAAGGAAGUUUUACAAAAAUCUUCUCUUACUCAGUCCAUCAUGGACAACAACCUGCUUGAAGGUGUUCGGCGAUGGCUCGAACCCUUGCCGGACCGCUCUCUUCCCGCACUCAACAUUCAGACGUUCUUUUUCGAGCAACUCACGAAGAUGGACAUCGACACCAAUUCGCUCAAGGAGUCUGGCUUGGGACGUGUCGUGCUCUUCUAUACGAAGUGCAAGCGUGUGACUACGCCAAUUGCUCGCAUGGCGAAUGAACUGGUUUCUGCAUGGUCGCGUCCGAUCAUCAAGCGCAGUUCUUCGUACCGCGAUCGACUCAUUCCAGUAGCGCAACUCUCAGAAGUUGCAGGAGUGCGGAACGUGCCUCAGCCUGCUCGGCUCAACGCCAUCCUUGCAAGGAUGCGCGAAGAGGACAAGUCCCGUCUCAAGAAGAAUGCAGUCCAAAUCCCGACGGCUCAGCUUGGUACCUAUAGUGUUGCGCCUCGUGACAGCUUGAGCACGCAAAAGUCCAGCGCGAGUAUUGUUAAUGAUAUUGAACGGAGAAGGAGGGCAGCAGAGCGGAUGAGAGCUAUUAUGCGGAAGGGGUCUUCAAAGAACUAG